AUGGACAUAAACGGAGAGUCCAGAACUACCAUAUCUACCCCCCCUGUACAUCUUGCAGAGAUCAGUUCUGCAGGCAAAACAGAAGCAGAGAAACCACGAUGUUCCAGUACCCCCUGCUCACCAAUGCGACGGACAGUUUCAGGCUAUCAGAUCCUUCAUAUGGAUUCUAACUACCUGGUUGGCUUCGCGACUGGAGAGGAGCUGCUAAAAUUAGCCCAACAGUAUACAGGAAAUGAAGAUAAUAAAGGAGAAUCCAGGCCUAACUUGCACUCUGAACAGCUUGAUUCAGGACUUGCUUCCUCCCCCUUGUACAAAACUAGAAGUAGGUACUAUCACCCAUAUGAGAUCCCAGCAGUAAAUGGGAGGAGGAGGAGACAGAUGUCCAGCUUGGGAGAUAAAUGCACUAAGGCUUUACCAUAUGAACCUUACAAGGUACUUCAUGGUCCCCUGCCUCUUUGUCUUUUAAAAGGUAAAAGGGCUCACUCUAAAUCCCUGGACUACCUAAAUUUAGACAAAAUGAGUAUCAAGGAACCUGCUGACACAGACAUGCUACAAUACCAGCUUCAACACCUUACCCUUAGAGGGGACUAUAUGUUUGCAAGAAAUAACACAUGA